GCUCGCUGGACUGACCGCUGCAGAGACAGCUGUGCCCCUGAAAGCGCUGAUCCUGGUGAGAGCGGAGCAGCUGCAUGUGGCCCCACACGUGUUCAUGUGUGUCUGAGGCGUCACAUUCAGCUCCACAUGUGUUCAUACACUCCUCCUUGCUGUGUUUAUGCUCCCACUGUUGAGGACGCUUGGACUGAGAGCGUUCUCCAUGGCUUCUGAGACCUACGUGUCGGGGACUCACUCGGCCGCGUUUGUCACCUGCCCCAACGACACCGUGGCCCGAGACCUGGCCAGGGGAAUAGUGGAGAAGAAGCUGGCGGCCUGUGUCAACAUCGUCCCAGCUAUUAAAUCUGUAUAUGAGUGGCAGGGGAAGAUUGAGGAGGACAGUGAAGUGCUGCUGAUGAUUAAAACAAGAAGUUCCAAAGUGCCUGCUCUCGCUGAAUAUGUUCGAUUUGACGUACCUGUGGUAAACUCACAGCUGCCUGUUGUUUCUCCAGCUCCAACCACCCGUAUGAGGUGGCCGAGGUCAUCAGCCUGCCCAUCGAGCAGGGCAACCCGCCCUACCUCAGAUGGAUAGGAGACACUGUACCUGAAUGAUGCUCGGCUGAUUGAUGGGGAACAUUAAUACACGAAGAGAGUCACGCCCACGUCUGUGUUUAUGGUUAACUGCAAAAAUGCCAAUUAGCUGAACCUCUUGGUAUUUAAAUAAAUAAAAUUAUAUUUUCUGGAUUA